AUGGCAACUUCGAAGCUUCAAGCUCUAUGGAAUCAUCAUGCUGGACCUAAAACAAUUCAUUUUUGGGCGCCGACGUUCAAAUGGGGUAUAAGCAUUGCCAACAUUGCAGAGUUUCAGAAACCUCUAGAGACACUCUCAUACUCUCAACAAAUAGUGAUCACAGGCACUGGACUUAUUUGGUCACAUUACAGUUCUAUAAUCACUCCAAACUGGAAUCUCUUUAGUGUUAGUCUUGGUAUGGCGGCGACAGGCAUAUACCAACUUACUCGUAAAAUAAAGUAA